GGUGGCCUCUGGCGCGGUCCUGCUGGCACUGCGCGACGCUGCUGUGGCUCCGGACGCUGAGGACACGCGUGUUCUGCGCAUCUUGGCCCUCUUUUGCAGCAUGCUCAGCGCCCUCAUCGUGCUGGGGCAGCUGACCAUGUUCUCCGAGAGGAUCUCCCUCUCGGUGCUCUCCUUCCUGUUCAAGGAGGCCCACGGCUUCGUCCUCACGCAGUUCUACUGCAUCGUGCCGCUCAGCUACAUGGUGUGUACGGCUUAUUGGAGCAUCUUCCGCUUGAAGAUCGUCGGCUGGUACGGUUUGUACGCAAAUCACAAUACCGACACGGGCAGUUUGUUGUGGUGCGCCUCGAUCCUUGCAAGGCGCGGCGCCCACUGAUCGCUACCAUUUCCUCCUGUUGAUCCGGGUCCAAGACACGGCAUUCCAGGACAUGAUGGGACAGAUGAACAUCGUGCCGGUCCUCGGCAGGGGCUUCAACGAGGCGUUCCCGAUCCUGGUGGGGCUCCUCUGCGUGUGCAACCUACUCAACGUCUACCCGAAGUUGGUCCACUAUUGCGGAUUGGACGGCCUCGAGUUUGAGUGGGCUUCGCGCAUGGCCACGGACACGAACGACAUCCUGGCGGAGGGGCGCAGGCUGGUGGAGCGCGAGCGCCGCCGCCGCUCGGAGGACCGGAGCCUGCUGGAGAUGCACGAGAGGACCGACCCAGAGAGCGGAAGGAGGAGCAUCCCGCUGCGCGUCCAGAUCGGGCUGUUGAUCGAGGACCGACGGCACGCUGCCCGCAGACUGGAUGGCCCACAGCACUUAGCCGGGCGUCCGCAGAAUUGCGCUUCUUCGGCGCGGUUUCUGCCUCUCGCUCCGGCAGCCCGUCGGGGCCUGCCAAUUAUUUGCGAUAGCACAUCGGCCACCCAUCCGCCCCAAGUCCCAGCCCCUCUCGCUUCCCCUCCCUCCGCAGUUUCGCGUAUUCUUCCGCACGUCUAGCUGUGAAACCAUCGGGGGUGGACAGGCCUCCUACCCUGACACGUCGAUUCGCGAAUUGGCCGUUUUCGGUUCGCGAGAGGG